GUUCUUUUCAAGAACAACGAAAUACUAUUACGUACGAAAUCCUUUGACUGAUGGUUGGCGUUUGAGGAGCACACGCACCAAUUAUUCAUCUCUGACUGAUGGUUGUUGGCGUUUGAGAUUGUAUUUCUAUAUCCAUCAUUGCUCUUCGCGUUUUAAUUGUUUGUAUGCUGCAAGAUAGUCUUCGCCGGAGGUGGACUCCAGAGUGAAUCUUUGAUGAGGCGUCCUGUACCAGUCACGGCAAUAGCCUUCAGCCUUCGUAAUUUCCACGCGUCAAGGUCUUCUCGCAUUUGUCGCAUCCUGGCUUUGCCUUCGCAAGCUGUCACUUGGGCUUCAGAACGAGUGUUUGAUCGAGGAAUUAUUCCAUGUCACUCGAUUUCGGAAGGAAUUAAGCUCGCUUCGCCAUCUGUUGGCCUAUAAAUCUGAUGGAAGCCUGAAGGGUUCCAUUAAUUUCAAGCAAGCAUAAGCAAUGGGAUCCACGCUGCCACCGUUCGCGUUUCAGCUGUUGUUGUUGACGCUGCUCCAAGCAACAACGACUGCAGCAGCACCGGCACCACCGUCGCCGAACGUGUUGUCACCAGGUUGCAAAGAGACAUGCGGCGGUGUUAGCAUCCCGUACCCCUUCGGCAUCGGCGAUGGGUGUUUCAGGGAAGGCUUCGAGGUCACUUGCGAAGUCGUUAACGCGAUUCCCAGAGCUUUCUUGGGCGGCAGGGAGAGGAACAUUACAGUUCAGAGCAUAUCCUUGCCCCAGGGCCAAGCAAGCAUGCUGUAUGACAUCGCCUGGAUUUGUUUCAACAGUACCGGCCAAGUGGUGGUUCGUCAUAGAUCUUCAGUCAACCUCCGUGGCCUUCCGUUUAGGGUAUCCAACACGAGCAACAAGUUCACGACCCUGGGCUGCAACGUCGUUGGCAUCCUCUUAGGCUUGGAAAACAAUACAUACGGAGCUGGGUGUGCCUCCUUUUGCUUCGACGAGGCAAACAUCGCAAGCGGAUCGUGCCAUGGCACCGGCUGCUGCGAGACCACCAUCCCGGAGGAGCUGGAGUAUUUUACGACGAGGUUUGUCUAUUUCGUCAAUGUUUCUUCACACGUGAACGACAGCCGCUGCGCCUAUGCCUUCGUUGCCGGGCAGGAAUGGUUAUCCUUCAACAAGUCCGACCUCCGCAACCACAGCUUUCGCGACAAGCACAAGGACGGCGUCCCACUCGUGCUGGACUGGGUAGCCGGCAACCAGACCUGCGAGGAAGCUAAGAGAAACCAUUCUUCAUAUGCAUGCCGCAGCACCAACAGUGAAUGUUUCAACUCCACCAGUUUAGCAGGCUAUAUCUGCAAUUGCUCCACAGGUUUCCAAGGCAAUCCUUACCUCCGAGAUGGAUGCAAAGAUAUCGACGAGUGCAGCUUACCAAAUCAGUAUCCAUGUUAUGGAAAGUGCAGCAACACAUUAGGCAACUACAGCUGCUCAUGCCCAAAAGGUCACAGCAGCAAGGACCCUAAAUCGGAACCAUGUGUCCCACGGCAACGAAUUCCGACAUCAACGAAGAUUGUUAUAGGCAGUUGUGUUGGGCUUGUCUCGUUCAUUACUUGCAUCUUCUGCAUAAUCUUAGCAUUUCAAAGAAGGAAGCUUCUAGGAGAAAAAGAUAAAUUCUUCCAGCAAAAUGGAGGCUUGAGGUUAUACGAAGAAAUCAGAUCAAAGAAAAUUGAUACUGUCAAAAUAUACACUAAAGAUGAUCUAGAGAAAGCAACAGAUAAUUUCGAUAAGAGUCGAGAACUUGGACGAGGAGGCCAUGGCACCGUUUAUAAAGGAAACAUAGACGGUGACAAGGAAGUGGCCAUCAAGAGGUCUAAGGUAGUCACCGAGGACCAAAGUGAAGAAUUCGUACGGGAGAUGAUUAUUCUUUCUCAGAUCAAUCACAAGAACAUUGUAAGGCUCUUGGGUUGUUGCUUGGAAGUGGAAAUUCCCAUGUUGGUUUAUGAGUUCAUCCCCAAUGGAACCCUCUUUGACUUCAUCCAUGACAAUAAUGAGAAACUAAUUCCCUUGACUACUCGUCUACGAAUAGCCAGAGAAUCUGCAGAAGCACUCGCUUACUUGCAUUCAUCGGCAUCCCCUCCGAUCGUUCAUGGAGAUGUGAAGUCGCUCAACAUACUUCUAGAUCAUAAUUACAUGCCAAAAGUAUCGGAUUUUGGUGCAUCGAGGAUGAUAUCUAUAGACGAAACCCAAUUCAUAACGAUGGUCCAGGGAACUCUUGGUUAUUUGGACCCAGAGUACUUGCUAGUCCGUCAACUGACAGCAAAGAGUGAUGUCUAUAGCUUUGGAGUGGUUUUGGUGGAGCUCGUCACAAGGAAAAAGGCAAUUUAUUAUGAUGGGAGCAAUCAAGGAAAAGGUCUUGCCUCAAGCUUCAUUGAAGCAAUGAAAGAUAGCCGACUUGAAGAGAUAUUGGAUGAUCAAAUCACGGGGAAAGAAAACAUGGACAUCAUCCAAGAAAUUGCCGAGAUUGCAAAGGAAUGUUUGAACAUCAAGGGGGAUGAACGACCUACAAUGAGAGAAGUGGCUGAGAAACUGCAUAUGUUAGGAGGGUUCCUACAGGUCUCUUCAACACACCAUGCACCCGAGGAAUGUGAAGCAUUGCUUGGUGAAUCAUCUAUGAGCUCUACCUUGGAUUCUGUCGGGUACCACAGUUUAGAGAACAAAUUGAGAUUUGAUGUAAAAGCUGGAACAGCAUCGGCACCACCGUCGCCGAACGUGGUGUCACCAGGUUGCAAUGAUACAUGCGGCGGUGUUAGCAUCCCGUACCCCUUCGGCAUCGGCGAUGGGUGUUUCAGGGAAGGCUUCGAGGUCACUUGCGAAGUCGUUAACGGCUCUGCGACUCCCAGAGCUUUCUUGGGCGGCCGCGAGAGGAACAUUACAAUUGAGGAGAUAAUCUUGCCCCAGGGCCAAGCACGCAUCCUGAAUUACAUUAGCUGGGAUUGUUUCAACAGUACCGACUACUGGGUGGCUGGUGAAGAACCUUCUCUAGCCCUUGGCGACAAACCAUUUUGGGUAUCCAGCACCAAGAACAGGUUCACGACCAUGGGCUGCAACGUCCUUGGCUACCUCUUUGGCGGGGACAACUAUACAUUAGGAACCGGGUGCGCCUCCUUCUGCCUCGAAGGGGCAAGCAUCGCAAGCGGAUCGUGCUCUGGCACCGGCUGCUGCCAGACCACCAUCCCGGAGAAGCUGGACAAUUUCACGACCCGGUUGGCCUAUUUCGUCAAUCUUACUACCUACAAGGACUACAGCCCCUGCACCUAUGCCUUCAUUGCCGAGCAGGACUGGUUCUCCUUCAACAAGUCUGACCUCGGCAACCACACCUUUGGAGACAAGUACAAGGACGGCGUCCCACUCGUGCUGGACUGGGUAGCCGGCAACCAGAUCUGCGAGGAGGCUAAGAGAAACCUUUCUUCAUAUGCAUGCGGCAACAGUGACUGUAUCGACUCCACCAGUCCACCUGGCUAUAUCUGCAAUUGCUCCACAGGUUUCCAAGGCAAUCCUUACCUCCAGGAUGGCUGCAAAGGCAUUUGUGUUGGGUUUGUCUCGUUCAUCACUUGCAUCUUCUGCAUAAUCUUAGCAUUUCAAAGAAGGAAGCUUCUCAAAGAAAAAGAUAAAUUCUUCCAGCAAAAUGGAGGCUUAAGGUUAUACGAAGAAAUCAGAUCAAAGCAAAUUGAUACUGUCAAAAUAUACACCAAAGAGGAUCUAGAGAAGGCAACAGAUAAUUUCAAUAAGAGUCGAGAACUUGGCCAAGGAGGCCAUGGCACUGUUUAUAAAGGAAACAUAGACGGUGGCAGGGAAGUGGCCAUCAAGAGGUCUAAGAUAGUCACCAAGGACCAAAGUGAAGAAUUCGUACGGGAGAUGAUUAUUCUUUCUCAGAUCAAUCACAAGAACAUUGUAAGGCUCUUGGGUUGUUGCUUGGAAGUAGAAAUUCCCAUGUUGGUUUAUGAGUUCAUCCCCAAUGGAACCCUCUUCGACUUCAUCCAUGGUAACGACGGGACACUAAUUCCCUUGACUACUCGUCUACGAAUAGCUAGAGAAUCUGCUGAAGCACUCACUUACUUGCAUUCAUCGGCAUCCCCUCCGAUCGUUCAUGGAGAUGUGAAGUCACUCAACAUACUUCUAGAUCAUAAUUAUGUGUCAAAGGUAUCGGAUUUUGGUGCAUCGAGGAUGGUGUCUUUGGAUGAAACCCAAUUCAUAACGAUGGUUCAGGGAACUCUUGGUUAUUUGGACCCAGAGUACUUGCUAGUCCGUCAACUGACAGCAAAGAGUGAUGUCUAUAGCUUUGGAGUAGUUAUAGUGGAACUCAUCACAAGAAAAAAGGCAAUUUAUUAUGAUGGGAGUAGUCAAGGAAAAGCUCUUGCCUCAAGCUUCAUCGAAGCAAUGAAAGAUAGCCGACUUGAAGAGAUAUUGGAUGAUCAAAUCAUGGGAAAAGAAAACAUGGAUGUCAUCCAUGAAAUUGCCGAGCUUGCAAAGGAAUGUUUGAACAUGAACGGGGAUGAAAGGCCUACAAUGAGAGAAGUGACUGAGAAACUGCAUAUAUUAGGAGGGUUCCUACAGGUCUCUUCAACGUACCAUGCACCCGAGGAACGUGAAGCAUUGCUUGGUGAAUCAUCUAUGAGCUGGAUGGGAUUCACGCUGCCACCGUUCGCGUUUAAGCUGUUGUUGUUGACGCUGCUCCAAGCAACAACGACGGCAGCAGCAGCAUCGGCACCACCGUCGCCGAACGUGGUGUCACCAGGUUGCAAUGAUACAUGCGGCGGUGUUAGCAUCCCGUACCCCUUCGGCAUCGGCGAUGGGUGUUUCAGGGAAGGCUUCGAGGUCACUUGCGAAGUCGGUAACGGCUCUGCGACUCCCAGAGCUUUCUUGGGCGGUCGCGAGGGGAACAUUACAGUGGAGGAGAUAUUCUUGCCCCAGGGCCAAGCACGCAUCCUGAAUUACAUUAGCUGGGAUUGUUUCAACAGUACCGACGGCGUGGUGGCUGGUCAAAGGCCUUCUCUAGACCUUGGCGACAAACCAUUUUGGGUAUCCAGCACCAAGAACAGGUUCACGACCAUGGGCUGCAACGUCGUUGGCAUCCUCUUAGGCGGGGACAACUAUACAUCAGGAACUGGGUGCGCCUCCUUCUGCUUCGAAGGGGCAAACAUCACAAGCGGAUCGUGCUCUGGCACCGGCUGCUGCCAGACCAACAUCCCGGAGAAGCUGGACAAUUUUACGACCGGGUUGGCCUAUUUCAUCAAUAUUUCUUCCUACAAGGACUACAGCCCCUGCACCUAUGCCUUCAUUGCCGACGAGGCAAGGUUCUCCUUCGACAAGUCUGACCUCGGCAACCGCACCUUUGAAGACAAGCACAAGGACGGCGUCCCACUCGUGCUGGACUGGGUAGCCGGCAACCAGACCUGCGAGGAGGCCAAGAGAAACCCUUCAUAUGCAUGCCGCAGCACCAACAGUGAAUGUUUCAAGUCCCCGAGUUUACAAGGCUAUAUCUGCAAUUGCUCCACAGGUUUCCAAGGCAAUCCUUACCUCCAGGAUGGCUGCAAAGAUAUCGACGAGUGCAGCUCGCCAAAUCUGUAUACAUGUCAUGGAAAGUGCAACAACACCCCAGGCAACUACAGCUGCUCAUGCCCAAAAGGUCACAGCGGCAAGGACCCUAAAUCGGAACCAUGUGUCCGAGAUCACGGAAUUCCGACAUCAACGAAGAUUGUUAUAGGCAGUUGUGUUGGGCUUGUCUUGUUCAUUACUUGUAUCUUCUGCAUAAUCUUAGCGUUUCAAAGAAGGAAGCUUCUUAGAGAAAAAGAUAAAUUUUUCCAGCAAAAUGGAGGCUUGAGAUUAUACGAAGAAAUCAGAUCAAAGCAAAUUGAUACUGUCAAAAUAUACACCGAAGAGGAUAUAGAGAAAGCAACAGAUAAUUUCGAUAAGAGUCGAGAAAUUGGGCGAGGAGGCCAUGGCACCGUUUAUAAAGGAAACAUAGCCGAUGGAAGGGUAGUGGCCAUCAAGAGGUCUAAGGUAGUCACCGACGACCAAAGUGAAGAAUUUAUACGGGAGAUGAUUAUUCUUUCUCAGAUCAAUCACAAGAACAUUGUACGGCUCUUGGGUUGUUGCUUGGAAGUGGAAAUUCCCAUGUUGAUUUAUGAGUUCAUCCCCAAUGGAACCCUCUUCGAGUUCAUCCAUGACAACGACGGGAAACUAAUUCCCUUGACCACUCGUCUACGAAUAGCCAGAGAAUCUGCAGAAGCACUUGCUUACUUACAUUCAUCGGCAUCCCCACCGAUCGUUCAUGGAGAUGUGAAGUCGCUCAACAUACUUUUAGAUCAUAACUAUGUGCCAAAGGUAUCAGAUUUCGGUGCAUCGAGGAUGAUGUCUAUUGACGAAACCCAAUUCAUAACGAUGGUCCAAGGAACUCUUGGUUAUUUGGACCCGGAAUACUUUCUAGUUCGUCAACUAACAGCAAAGAGUGAUGUAUAUAGCUUUGGAGUAAUUUUAGUGGAGCUCAUCACAAGGAAAAAGGCAAUUUAUUAUGAUGGGAGUAGUCAAGGAAAAGCUCUUGCCUUCAGCUUCAUUGAAGCAAUGAAAGAUAGUCGACUUGAAGAGAUAUUGGAUGAUCAAAUCAUUGGAAAAGAAACCAUGGAUGUCAUCCACGAAAUUGCCGAGCUUGCAAAGGAAUGUUUGAACAUGAAGGGGGAUGAAAGGCCUACAAUGAGAGAAGUGGCUGAGAAACUGCAUAUGUUAGGAGGGUUCCUACGGGUCUCUUCAACACACCAUGCACCCGAGGAAUGUGAAGCAUUGCUUGGUGAAUCAUCCAUGAGCUCUACCUUGGAUUCUGUCGGGUACCAUAGUUUAGAGAACAAAUUGGGAUUUGAUGUAAAAGCUGGAAGAUGAAGAAGAUAAAGAAACAAGGUUCUCUCUCUAUGUUCAAAUCGAACUAGUAGAACAAUAGACUGUUCUUGGUUGCUUGUUUUGUAACUUAUGUUACUUCUAUCACAGACAUGAUAAAUAAAAGUAUAAUGGAUUGUAACUCUCAAUAUUGUAAUUUAUAUUUCUUUUUCUAUGUAAAACUCGAGUUUGAAGGAAGUAAUGGAAUAUUAA